GAAGCCGCGCAGGUUGUGAGGAAGGAUAAUCCAUCGCAAUGACCCACUGGUUUCAUCGUAACCCCCUGAAAGCCACCGCUCCGGUUUCCUUUAAUUACUAUGGCGUGGCAUCCACACCGGCCGCGUCAAAGAUCUGCAGUGAUUUAAGAGCCUCUCGAGCGCGCCUUCUGGAACUAUUCACGGAUAUCACCUGCAAUCCUGAAGUGAUGAAGAACGCUACAGAUGCCUACCUCUCCCUCUUAGUGGGCUUCAUUAACUCACUGGAUGGGGGAACCGACGACAACAAGCUGCGAUACAUGCAAAACUUCAAAUGGACGGACACCCUGCAAGGCAAUGUCCCCAGCGCUCAGCAAGAUGCCGUUUUUGAGUUGGUGUCCAUUGGAUUCAAUGUAGCCCUGUGGUAUACAAAAUACGCCUCGCGGUUAGCUGGCAAAGAAGGUGUUACGGAGGACGAGGCCAAAGAUGUUCACAAGAGUCUGAAAAUCGCAGCUGGUAUUUUCAAGCACUUGAAGGAAAGUCACAUCCCAAAACUGAUCUCGCCAGUGGAAAAAGGCAGAGAUUUGGAAAGUAGAGUGAUGGACGCUUAUAUCAUUCAGUGCCAGGCAGAGGCACAAGAAGUGACCAUCGCCCGCGCCAUAGAACUGAAGCACAAUGCUGGUCUGAUAGCUGCUCUGGCCCACGAAACCGCCAACUUCUACCAGCGAGUCGACCACACGCUCUCCAGCCUAGACCCGGCUUACAUAGCAAAGUGGAGGAGCUACAUCCAGCUGAAGAUGUGCUUCUACAUGGCUUACGCGUUCUGCUACCACGGCGAGACCCUGCUGUCCGGGGAUAAGUGCGGCGAAGCCAUAAGGUCGCUGCAGGAAGCCGAAAAGUUUUAUGGCAAGGCGGAAGCAUUGUGUAAAGAAUAUGGCCAGACCAAGGGCCCCGGAACCACAGCAAAACCGUCGGGACAUCUCUUCUUCCGGAAGCUCGGAGCUGUGGUUAAAAACACCCUGGAAAAAUGCCAGCGAGAGAACGGCUUCAUAUACUUCCAAAAAGUGCCACCCCAGGCCCCGGAGCUGGAGCUCAAAGCAAACUAUGGUCUCGUGGAGCCCGUGCCUUUCGAACUCCCCGCUAUCAGCCCGCUGUGGACUCCGGAAACUCACGCCGGUUUCGACCUUACCAAGCGACCGAAAGACGACGGCGCUAAACCCAAAAAAGAAGAAGAGGUGAAACCGGUGAAGGAACCCGACAUAAAACCGCAGAAGGACAGCGGGUGCCAAAUUUCGUGAUGUCAUGCAUUGACGAGUUCUGACAUUGAGGCGACAGAGCUGCCUCCGCACGUUCAGCAGACCGUGGCCGUGGCAUCCCGAUUCCCGUCUGCCUCCCCCGUGUAAAAUGCUUGCCUACUGUAUAGAUAUCCUAUAGCGAGCCGUCUACCCGCAGCAAGCUGUCCCUUAGCAAUUAUUUCUGUAAACGAACACAAACUUGAGAUUCCGAUUGCGCUCUUUUUUUUCUUUUUCAUAGCCUUCCGAUGAUUCAAUAACUCGUUUUAACAAGAAACCCGAUAAGUUAACAUAUAAAUAGAGAACUAUAAUAUAUUCACAAAGUAUAUGUACAUUCUUACUUUUUGAUGACACAAACUAAAUUUGUAUUUACUCAA